CGAGCAGAAAACCCUAGUCGUCAACCUCAACCCCGCCGCAGCCAAAAUGAAGUACAACCCUAGGGUUUCCUCCUCCCGCCGCAAGAAUCGCAAGGCACACUUCACGGCGCCGUCGAGUGUGCGGCGGGUGCUGAUGAGCGCCCCUCUGUCGACCGAUCUGCGGCAGAAGUACACUAUGCGAUCGAUGCCGGUGCGCUAGGACGAUGAGGUGCAGGUUGUGCGCGGCACCUAAAAGGGGCGUGAGGGCAAAGUGGUACAGGUCUACCGCCGGAAGUGGGUCAUCCACAUUGACCGGAUCAGCCGUGAGAAGGUCAAUGGAUCGACGAUCAAUGUAGGCAUCAACCCCUCCAAGGUCGUGAUUACAAAACUCAGGCUUGAUAAGGACCGGAAAUCGCUUCUCUAUCGGAAGGCCAAGGGUCGCGCCGCUGCUGAUAAGGACAAAGGUACCAAAUUCACGGCGGAGGAUAUUGUGCAAAACCUUGAUUAAGGUUUAAUAUCAUAGAUUUUUUUUCUUAAUUUUAGAAUGAUAAUGAGCAACAAUCAUAGAUUUUUUUUUUUUAAAGAAUAUAAAUGAGCAGCAAUAUUUAUUUAUUCACUUUUUUUAUUUUGGUGCUUUUUGGAUGAACUGUUGCUUUCUGUGAUCUGUUUAUGAGGAAAUGUGAUAGUGGUAUUCUAGGAAUCAUUUUAGUAAUGAGAGAUGUGAGAUGGCAAUGGCGUUUUAACACUAAAAUGCUCUAGUUUUUAUAUGAUUCAUUAAUCUGCUUUAUUCUGGUGACAAGAAAUAGAAACAAAGUACUUAAUAGGUAAUUCUACAAUAAUCUUGAUCAAGCAGUGAUAGGUAAAUGAAUAAAAAAUUUGAUCUUGA